GAGGGAGGGAAAAGAGUGAAGAAGUAGUAGAAGUAACAAUGUGUGUUGAUUCAAUUGGUGAAUUUGUGUUUUGUACUUUUGCUUGUUAUGAAUGAAUCGAGCCACUGAAAACGAUAGAGAAGGAAGAGUGAAGAUUCGGGUAGAGAGAAAAAGAAUUGUUGGUAGCGGAAGUGAAGGAAACAAGAGGGGAUUUGGGUUUGGCACCCCACCCUUUAGGCUACGCGCCCCAGCAUUUUUUUUUUAUUCCAAAACUACCCAUCGGUAAAUGAUUUGCCGAUGUCAAAAUACCAAUCGGUAAAUGAUUUACCGUUAUUGUUCCUCAGUAUGAACACCUUCAUCCCAUUACCCAGAACACGAAGAACAAUAUCGGUUAAUAAUUAACCGAUUCUAAUAUUGUAUCGGUAUAUCAUUUACCGAUUUGUAAUCUGUAAGUUUGAUCACCUUUUCACCAUUACUCCUCCCUCCACCAACCCCUCCACCAUUACUCCUCCCUCCAACAACCCCCCACCAGCCCCCCAUAACUCGCCCAAACUACCUUAUUCUCCAUUACUCCACUCCUCCCUCACAUUUCACCUUCCCACCACCACCACCAUCUCCACAUUUCCACCACCACCACCACCAACACCACCACCACCAAGGGAAAGCUUUUAACUUCUGGGAUGACAGAGUCAUUUUUCUUUGGUGAAUCACAAUUGAUACAUGCUGCUGGAUUGGAAAAUGAUAAUCCAGAGGAGCAACCAUCACUAGCUGAACCUCCGAUUAUAUCUAUAGAUGUCUCUCAUUUGUAUCAUACUGAUCAGGUACUCAUUGCACAAAUUUUUGCAUGCUUUGUUUGCUUUGUUUAUGCCUUGUUUUAUGCCUUAUGCCUUGUUUAUCCUGAAACAGCGUUUCCCUUUGAAAGAUGAUCUUAUGAAAUGGGUUCGCGACAUUUCUAUGGCAAAUAAUUUUGUUUUGGUGACAACAAAGUCUGAUAGUGGUGCGAAGGGAAGAAAAGAAUAUGUCAUUCUGGGGUGUGAGAAGCAUGGUGCGUAUAUUCCCUACAGAGAACCGGAUCUUGUUGAAGGAACGUCAACACAAAAGACAGGUUGUCCUUUUAGGCUAAAAGGACGACGUACGAAAGAUGAUAAAGGUUGGUGGUUGAAGGUGAUGGACGGUAGACACAUCCAUCUCGCAGCUGAGUCACUAGUUGGCCACAAUUACGCUGGUAGACUGAAUAGUGAGGCGAAGGAGGACGUGAUAAAUCAGGCUAAGACUUGGGUUCCACCUAGAAAGAUGUUGGCGUCCUUGAAGGAAAAAGAUCCUUCAAACUUGACUACCAUCCAACAAAUUUAUGGUGUUUGCAAGCGGUUCAGACAAUCCGUUCGUGGGUCACUGACAGAGAUACAAUACUUGUUGAAGAAGUUGGACGGUGAGAAGUAUGUUCACUUCGAACGAAAUGAACCCGGAUCGGAAGUGAUUAGAGAUAUAUUUUGGGCUCAUCCGAAUGCCGUCAAACUUUUCAACACAUUCCCAUAUGUAGUGAUCAUGGAUUGCACAUACAAGACCAGCAAAUACAAACUACCCUUGCUCGAGAUUGUUGGCCUGACCUCCACGGAUAAAACAUACUCAAUAGCAUUCUGUUACAUUGGCAGUGAGACCACAGAGGACUACAUUUGGGCAUUGGAGUGUAUGAAGUCUCUGAUUUCCGACCAAUCCAGGUUGCCUAGAGUGAUUGUGACGGACAGAGAUCUUGCUUUAUUGAGUGCUGCUUCACAAAGCCUUCCCACCACCACCCAUUUACUAUGCUUGUGGCACAUCAACAAGUGUGUUUUGGCAAAGUGCAAAGAGUAUGUUGGCACGGAUGAUUUUGCUCAAGAGGUUAUGGACAAGUGGGCCGAAUUGGUAGAUGCUCCAACAGUUCCAGAAUUUGAAGCUCAUUGGAUUGAAUUGUUUAACAUGUGCAAGCAUAAACACAAGUUGAAAUUUGCCACUUAUUGUUCUACUACAUGGUUGGUCCACAAGCAGAAAUUUGCCAAGGCAUGGACAAAUCAUGUGAUGCAUUUUGGAACAACAACAAGUAACAGGGCUGAAGGUGCACAUGCCAGCUUGAAGUUGAUGUUGCGGAACAGUAAGGGUAACCCGCACCAAGGCAGGUGA